GGGCGCUGUUUAACUCCAAGAGCCCGGUCCAGAUGCUGCGCAGCUCCGACUUUCAUCGGGUUCUUUCUGAAGAGAAAACGAGCAUUGUCGCGUUUGUAGCGCCAUGGUGUGGUCAUUGCCAAAAGAUGUCGCCAGAGUAUGAAGGGGCAGCCCGAUCCCUCUCUCCUCUCAUCCCCUUCUACGCCGUCGACUGCGAUGCAGAGGAGAACAAACCUCUGUGCGGUUCCCAGGGUAUCAAGGGGUUUCCCACUCUCAAGUCCUUCCCGCGGGGGCUGAAGGGCGUCGCGCAUGAUUACCAGCAGGAAAGGACAGCGGGCCCCAUUAUCGAUUGGGCUAAGAGUGAGGUGCCGAAUCGGGUCAAAGUGCUGAGGGGGAUGCAUGCUGUCAAUGAGUGGAUUGAUGAUGAAGAGGUGAAGCAGCCGAAGGCAUUACUGCUCACAGACAAGAAGCAGAUGCCGAUACUGUGGCGCGUCCUCGGGGCAAACUUCCACAAGCGCAUUAACUUCGCCAUCGCUAAGGAUGAAGACCAAUCAAUAGGGGAGGCCCUUGACCUUGGGACGGACAAGACCAAGGUCGUGACAUGGAAGGAUGGAGAGCGAACUGUGUAUGACGGAACGUUGAAUUUCGAUUCCUUAACACCUUUCUUUGAGAUCUUAGCAACACCAUCUCAGCGUCCACGUGACGAGCUGUAGCCAUACUGAAUCUAAUUUCCAGACCAUUACAUAUUUCUUUCGACCUAAAAGCGCUUUUCC